AUGCCUCCAAAGCGCAGUGCGCGCAGUGCGAAAUCACCUUCGAAACCGCGGGCCGUAGGGCCGAAGACCAGGGCGGCCAAGGCCAAGGACGAGUCGUCCGCGCUGAUGGAGGCUACGAAGGCGGCCGAGGAGGUGGUGCGCUCUCGUAGCAGCACGCCGGAGAGUGGCCGUCAGGCCGGGGCUCGGAGCAAGUCUCCUGACGCCGCGCAAGGCAAGGAGGAGAGUCCUCGGGGCCAUAAAAGCCCGGCUCGCGACUGGGAAGCCGCCGUCUUUGACUGCACGAUGGUCCAGUACUCCGGUGAGAGUUCACCCGACGACGAGAACGUCUCGGAGGGCAGCACGCACGCUGCCGAAGGCACGGAGCUGGCGGCAGGCGACAUGACCAACGCCUCGGCCGACGCAAAGGCCUCGUCAGAGAAGGAGGCGGAGGACGCCGAGUUCGGCUCAGGCGACAGCAAGCAGUCGCACGACGAAGUCGCCAUGGCCGACGCUGGGGUCGUGGCCGAGAAGUCGCCGAGCGACGCGGGCUCCAAGCCCAAGGAGGUGCUGGCAUCCAAGCAUCUGGCGCUGGCACAAGGUCGUGAGCGUGCCCAAGCGUCGAAAGCGGCUGCCGCUGCGAAGACCGCCGAGGCCAAGGCGAAGAAGCGUUCAGCUUCCAGGUCGCCUCGCGGCUCCAGCUCCAAGCUGUUCAUCGACUCGGAGUCUGAGGACGAGGAGGGUGCCGUCCACGAGCCCAAGGAGCUCUCUAACAACCUCGACGAGCAGCAGCAGCAAUACCACGCUGCUAGCUCGGGUGCGUAUGCCAGGCAGCCGACUGCCACGACUGCCAUCGAGUCUUCUUCAGGCGGGGAUGCCACGUACCCGCAGGGCUACUUCCCGCCCGAGCCUGGCACUGGUGCGCCAGCGCUGUUGGAGAAGCUCUCGGCUCCUCGUGGCCUUAUCGGCGGGUACACCUCGAGGGGUUCCUAUGAGCGUGCUCUUGUUGAGAAGAGCCACUCUUUCUUGGCGACGUUGAAGUCGCCCGACCUCUUCUGGCGCUACGUCCAGCGCAAAGGGUAUUCCGACCAAGAGUUCAAAGAACUUCGUGAGCAUCGCACUCUGUCCGCAAUCCUGGACGUGCGCGAGCUCCUCAUCGAGUUCGCUCAACUCGUGAGCAAGCGCAAGCUCCACUCGAAAAUGGACGAGCUGAAGCAAGAGGCGAGAGCCAAAGCUCGUGAAGAGCGUGGGCGUGGUGCGACUACGUCUGCUACCGUGCCCCGGGUACCGGCCAAGAAGCCAAGGACUACUUACGAAGCUGCCGCUGCUUCUCGUCCCAUAUCGCAACAGCCUUCGGGCAGUCUGCCUGGAGCUGCUCAACGGGCUCCCACGAGUUAUCCGACUCAGGGUAACCCCUCCACUUCACGAGCAGCUGGAGCUUGCCAUGGAGCCGCCGCUCCCGGUCGACUCGUUCCACGUGGUAGUGGAUCUGCCCAUUACGAUCAAGGAGGGCCAGCGGUGACCUCGCACGGCCAUGGCUACGAGCCUGAGGCGGCGCAGCCGUAUGCUGGGUCCCCGAGUCAGGUGGUGGCCCUGCAGCAAGAGGAGAUUCGUCUUCUCCGGGGCCGUGUGUACGUCUUCGAGAUCGCGCUUGGCGUCGGUCUUGGUGGCGAGGCUGCCGCUCGUGCUGGUAGCCUGGUGCCGUGGAGCGGCUCCGUGAGGAUGUUGCCUCGCUCUAUCAAGAAACUCGCAGUCUCCAUGGCCGUGUGGAUCGUCGAGCCGACCUGUCGUCUUACGACUCGCUGCGAAACCAGCUCGCUUCAUGACCACGCGCCGUAUCCGGAGCAGCAGCAGCCCCACUCGUAUCAGGUCCAGUUUGGCCAGGGCUCGUACGGGGCCCUGCGUAUGCUGCUCCGAUGUACGCCGCACCGUCUUACGACCAGCGCGCGUAUCAGGCGCCUUACCGCGACCCGACGCCGCGCUUCUAGGAGCUGCGCUCUUCUCCACCGGGCCACCCACCGCUUCCUGCGGGGCAGCCAGAGCCAGAGGGUCAUGGUACCUCUUAAGACGACCCACGUAAAACGUCGGGUGAGUCGUCAUCGACUUGGGCAAGUCUAUGGUGUACGCCGCGCCAUGCCGGCUGAGGACCGUGAAGGGUCCAAUGAAGCGGUGCUUCAGCUUGUUGCUCUCGACCGAGCUAACAGUGUUUAG